AGGACCCUAGUUAGGACGACAGGUGAACUCACUCGUCUCCAUUUAUCGAUCCUCGGUCGAUCCAUUGUCUAUAUAAACCCCAUCAAAGGACACUUAUUUGAUCAGUUUUCUUCCUUCGAGUAGAAAUGGCGCACAUGAGGGACGAGUACAACAACAUUCGCCAAACAGACGGCGACCAGACGCAGCACCACCAGAUGGGUGGCUAUGACACCUCCGCCGGCACCGGCAGGCAAGGCGGCAUGGCGAUGUCGGGACAGCACCAAAUGCACGACGCCGCGUCCAUGACGGGCGGCCAGCAUGGAACCAUACCAGGUGGUACUGCCAUGCACGGUGGCAGUGGGCAGAUGAUGCCGCAGCAGGAGCAUGACGCUUCGCGCGGGAUGCAUCAUCGGUCCGGCAGCUCUAGCUCAUCGGACUCGGAGGAUGACGGAGAAGGGGGGAGAAGGAAGAAGAAGGGGCUGAAGGAGAGGCUACCGGGGCACCGGCACGAUGAUCAGACGCAUAAGUCAGCAACCACCACUCCCUGUGGUCCCGGAGCUUAUGACGCCACCGUGGACCAGCAGCAAGAGAAGAAAGGGAUUAUGGGAAAGAUCAAGGAGAAGCUCCCUGGCCACCAUUAACUAUAGAUCGACGAUAUAUAGGCUUGUUUUAUUACAUGUAUGUUACAAAUGGUUAAGACAAUAAAUGAUGCAUGCAGACCUAUCCUUAGCUCGUGCUUCAUUUCAUGUGUAUUUUGUACCUAUGUUAAAGUGUGUAAGAGGUGGAUGUAUCGUUGCUAUAUAUUAUGUGCUUAUACCCA